AAGGCGGGGCUUUUUCCGUUACUCAGUUAACAUCUCCUCAACGAUUGGCUCUAGCACAUCACGUGGUUCGAUGUCAAAAUGGCGUCUCCGAAUGGAGCUGAGGACUUUGAGUCGUCGUUGCUGAGCUAUGAAAAGCUUGAUAGAGCUUCACCUGACCUCUGGCCAGAACAAUUGCCAGGAGUUUCAGAAUUUGCUGCUACAUUUAAAAAUCCAAUAACAAAUUCUCCACCCAAGUGGAUGGCAGAAUUGGAGUCAGAAGACAUUGAAAUGCUGAAAGAGCUGGGAAGUCUGACCACAGCUAACCUGAUGGAAAAAGUUAAAGGGCUGCAGAACUUGGCGUAUCAGCUGGGCUUGGAAGAGUCCAGAGAAAUGACGAGAGGGAAAUUCCUUAACAUCUUGGAGAGGCCGAAAAAAUGAAGACUGAGGGAGGGACUGACUGUGUUUGGACCUAUAUCAAGAGACUUUGUAGCAAAAUAACUGUGCCAUGAUCUGGAACAUCUGAAAGCUUAGCUGGAUGAAUUUAUUUAUAUACGCAGAGUUACCAGUUUAUUAGGUACAUAUGCAGGUCUUGACCAUUUAAUCAGGCAAACCUACCAUGUAGGUGCGUUGUCUAGAUAUAUAAUUAUUAUUGUAGCUGAUCUGUUGAUAUGUACAGUUCGUCAGCUGCUAUCCUCCCCUUCGACUGGGAAAGGACCACAGUAGGACCACUGUUGACCAGGUAUCAUUCAGUUGGGGAGCCAUUUUCAGCAAAGCAGUGACACUGAGCUAGUCGUAGUGUAGUGCGUGUGGUGCUGGUGUGUAGAAGGUGCAGCAGUGUUAUCGGGGUUUUAAACAUCUCCGUGUUGCUGCUGGGAUGAGAAACAUACUACCAGAAAAAAAUAUCCAGCCAACAGUAUCCUGUGGUCAGAAACAGAUAAAGAUAAAAAAAUACAGUGUUUAAAAACACAAUCAGUGCUGCUCUAUCAUACUCAUACCAGCACCACACACACUAUCAUGUCAGUGUCGCUGUCGUGCCGAAAGUCCACUGCCCACAUUAUCUGCUCAGCAGUAGUUCUUAUGCUGGUUCUUUUUCAUUAGUGAAUGAGGUAUAGCAACAGAUUGGGAUACAGUCUUCAAAUGUAUACCUACAGAGUGACCCUAUAUGGUAGGUGUACCUGAUAAAAUGGCCAAUGGGUAUAGUUACAGGCAUGGUGAACUGAUGCAAGUUCCUGUACAUGUAUAAUGUGUAAAAUAUUUUUUGAUUGUGUUUUUUUCCUUAAUUAAAUGCUUUUUUGUUUAUGUCUGCUCUAUAUUUAUUUACUGACUAAAUCACUCUUGUCUUAUUUCCAGUUAACAUUAUUUAUUAAUAAAAUCAUUUUUUUUAAUUAUUUUUAA